AUGAAACGUACCACCACGAUUCCUGAUUCUGAGGAUGACGGAUCUAUUGGAACAUCUUUGCAGAAUUCCUCGCCCCUCCCUCUACGCAGAUCCCGCCGAUUGCCCCGGUCCGCCCCUUCCAAUUCACAAAAUACACGCGUCAUCCAGGAUUCCGAGGAUGAUGACCCCGACCUGUCCAGUCCUAAGCCAGUCAAGACCCGGGGCCCCGACAAUGUCAAGGUGGUGAUCCCGCUCAAGAGCGAGUCACCCUUCGAUUCAGGGUCCGGGAGCUCUACUGGGGAUCCAUCUCUUUAUGGCGCGACCGGGGUCAGCACGCCGGCCACGAGCGUUUCCGCUGCACCGGGCGAAUCCGACUCCAAGAAACCAUCGGCCCGUGUCAAUGCUUCUGAACGUGCCCAGCAGCUUCGCUCAAGUGCGCUAUCCAUGGUUAACUCCAGCCGGGGAACCAAGCGAUCUGCGGCUGCGAUGACAGCAGACGAGCCGGAGACAAGCCUUGUCACAGAUGAGGAAUUUGCCCGCGCAGUCCAGCUGAGAGAAUAUGACAGGAUCUUGCCCAAAAGACAGAAGCGUCUGUCUCAGGCUGAGAGACAUCGGAUUGUGGAUGAUCGCCUCGACGACCCAGACCUGUCCGGAGGCGAGUUGCUGGAUGUGAUUGAUAUGAUCUCCAUGGCGACAUCUGAAUCUGAUGCAGAAAUCUUUGACGACGAAAUUUCUGACACGACUGAGGAUGAAGAUGUGGACAAUGAUGGAGAACGGAGGGCUGUUGGUUCGCGUACUUCAAGCGAAGAGCCACCAACUUGGUGGGAGCAGCGAAAGGCUCGUCGUGCACAACUCAACCAAGAUAAGCUGGAAAACAAGCAUCCCGGCCUCAGGACAAUGUGGGACGACCUGAAAAACAAGCCUGUUAUCACCGCCAAACAAGCCGAGCAACCCGCCUCCAUCACUCGCAGAUUGAAGCCGUUCCAGCUGGAGGGCCUGAACUGGUUGAUGGAACAGGAAAAGUCAGAAUACAAAGGCGGCCUUCUGGGUGACGAGAUGGGUAUGGGGAAGACCAUUCAAGCUGUGUCUUUGAUCAUGUCCGACUUCCCUCAGAAGAUCCCAACCCUUGUGAUUGUCCCGCCCGUUGCGCUGAUGCAGUGGGUGUCUGAGAUCAAGGAAUACACCGACGGCAAAUUGAAUGUGCUCGUCUACCAUAACUCGGACUCCAAGGUCAGAAAGCUAACCGAGGCGGACCUUCGAAAGUAUCAUGUAAUCAUGAUAUCCUAUUCGAGCCUGGAGUCUAUGUAUCGCAAGCAGGUGAAAGGGUGGACUCGAGCUGGCGGAACUGUCAAGGAAGACAGUGUCAUUCAUUCCAUUGAUUAUCAUCGACUCAUCCUGGACGAAGCGCACAGCAUCAAGCAACGUACCACGGGCGUCGCCAAGGCUUGCUUCGCUUUAAAUGCCAACUACAAAUGGUGCCUAUCGGGGACCCCUGUACAAAAUCGGAUCGGAGAGUUCUUUUCACUUCUGCGCUUCCUUCAAGUGCGGCCCUUCGCCUGCUAUUUCUGUAAGGAAUGCGACUGCGAAAAACUUCAGUGGGAUUCAAACAAAGAGGGUCGCUGCACCCACUGCAAGCACACGGGUUUCAACCACGUGUCGAUCUUCAACAAGGAGAUUUUGAAGCCUAUCACCGAGGGAAGAACUACAAAGGAACGGAAAGAAGGAUUGCAGAAGCUCCGUCUCAUUACCGACCAUAUCAUGCUUCGUCGAUUGAAACAAGAGCAUACCUCAUCGAUGGAGCUGCCCCCCAAACGGGUCAUUCUGCACAAUGAGUUCUUUGGCGAAAUGGAACAUGACUUUUCGCGAAGUAUCAUGACAAACUCCAACCGCCAGUUCGAUACCUAUGUUAGCCGAGGCGUGAUGCUGAAUAAUUACGCCAACAUCUUCGGCCUGAUCAUGCAGAUGCGACAGGUGGCCAAUCAUCCAGAUCUGAUUCUCAAGAAGCACGUGCAGCCCGGGUUCAAUAUUCUGGUGUGUCGCGUGUGUGAUGAGCCCGCAGAAGAUGCCAUUCGGUCUCGCUGCCGUCACGAGUUCUGCCGCCAGUGCGCCAAAGACUACAUUCGGUCGUUUGACGAUGAAUCGAUGGUGGACUGCCCGCAGUGCCACAUUCCUCUGUCCAUUGAUCUCGAGCAGCCUACUAUCGAACAGGCCCAGGAGUCCGUUAAGAAGAACUCGAUCAUCAAUCGGAUCCUCAUGGACGAUUGGACCUCCUCCACCAAGAUCGAGAUGCUUGUCUACGAUCUCUACCAGCAGCGGAGCAAGAAGCACAACCCGAAGUCGAUCAUCUUCUCCCAGUUCACGUCGAUGCUGCAGCUGGUCGAGUGGCGACUGCGCCAUGCAGGACUCACCACCGUCAUGCUGGAUGGCACGAUGACGCCGGCGCAGCGACAGAGGUCUAUCGAGCACUUCAUGACCAAUCCCGAUGUCGAGGUGUUCCUCGUGUCGCUCAAAGCUGGUGGCGUGGCACUCAAUCUGACGGAGGCAUCCCGAGUUUUCAUCGUUGACCCGUGGUGGAAUCCCGCGGCAGAAUGGCAAAGCGCCGACCGAAGCCAUCGCAUUGGCCAGCAGCGACCCUGUGUGAUUACGCGUCUCAGCAUCGAAGAUUCGGUGGAGUCACGCAUUGUGCAGCUGCAGGAGAAGAAGGCGAAUUUGAUCCAGGGCACGAUCAACAAGGACCAGGACCAGGCGCUGGAGAAGUUAACCCCGGAGGACAUGCAGUUCCUCUUCCGGGGUACCUAG